AUGGACUUAUCUCUGGAUCCAGGGGCCCUCGCGAGGCUGGCUGCGCCGUACAGUGGUGCGGAUGGGCGUGAGAGCGCGGGUGGAAACCCCGCCGCUUUCCAUCUGCCGUUGAUGGACCCGGGCGUCUCGUUCACACCAGACGGAGGAUCCAACAUGUCAACUGACGGAGGGGGAGCGGGUGGGAACACCGCGCCGGUGUUCAAUCAGGCUAAUUUUUCCUUUGUGAGCACGCCUCCAGCUGUACUCGCGGAGAUGAUGCGCCAGGCCACACAAAAUCAGCAACUUGAGGGGCAACGAGCAGAACUAAUGCUCGCAGCACAGAGACUCCGAAACGAGGCUGAUGAAGCGUUCUCUGAACAUGAGGAGAUGAGGGUCCAGGCGAAGUUAUUCAUCACCGCAGCCGAAGCUGGAUAUCAAACACUACAAGAGCAGGCUCAGACUCAGUUCAUGGAAAUGUCCAUGAAUCACCGUCAGCAUAUCGCUGGAAUCGAAAUGGUUCAGAGUCAGAAGGUCUCAUCCCUCGAGAUGAACUUGGCACAGCAACAACAAGCGUCUAUGGAUUUGCAAAGGCGGCUAACUGAGACGGAAUCAAUCCAGGCACAACUCCUGAAGGAGCUUCGCGAAAUGAAGCAACGGAAGGAUGAUGCGCCGGGCGUUCCGGAAGGAGCUGCCGAACUUCGUGAGUCCAUACCAGUGCAUGAGGUAAUGGUGGUGGUGGACCGCCAGGAGGGGGAGGAGACAAUCCUGGUGGAGGUCGUUCAUCAGGAUCGCAAGGAAAUGGUUCGAAGAGGAGAGAUCACUGACGCGGCCGAAGAGGAAGUCGAAACAGUCCUUGAAGUCCAAGAUGCUGUCGAGAGAAAGAAUGCUCAGUCUUUGCGCAAGGUUGCCACUCCUUUCCAUGAGGAGCGUAUCGCUCGUCCCACAGUGGAAGGAGAGGAGAAGCCAGGAGUCCUCGCACCCAUCGCAACGAGAGUCCUCAUGAAAGUGCUCUUCGCUGCACGCAUGGCCCGUUUUGAUCUACUCCGGGCGGUGCAGGGCCUCGCAGCUCGGGUGGAGGCCGAUGUGAUGCCCACUGUCCGCGAUCGCAUUGCGGCGUGGGAGAAGGUCUCCACUGACCUUCGUGCUGCCUGUGUGAAGGUGGCAUUCGGUGAGGAUCCCGAGGCUCACGUCCGCCGUUUGGCUUCCAUUCGCCAGCCGAUUGGGGUAGCCAUCCGCGGAACGCUCGGAGGUGGCAGCGCUCAGGGAUCGUUCGGUGAGAUCGCCGACUUGAUGGAGCGCGUGCCGGAGUGCCUAUUGGCGCAGCUGUCGAGCGGGCCGGAAGGCUCAGCCGAUUUGCUUAUUUGUGGUGAUAGCUCCUUCGCUGUCAUCCGUCAAAAGUUCAUCGGACCAAUGAUUGAGCCUGAAAUCACGAGAAUGGAUUUGGCCCAGUUUCUGAAUCAAGAUUCUAUGGCAUGGUGUACCCGAAUCCGCUCGAGGGUGGAAUGUGGCCGUGGCCUGAAUCGAAUUGUGCCGGCAAUCGAGGAAGAGCUGCAGGAGAUGGCCGAGCACAACAAGAAGAACGGCAACCCGAGCCGGAAGGACUACGACUUGCCGAAAGCAUACAACCGGCAUCUCGGGGAGCACUACGGAUACCUGAUAUCGAGAGGUGUUCCGUGUGUGGAUCCAAGCACGAUGACGAACCAGGUCUUCUACCACGAUCAAUUCCACAUGAUCGAGUGCUACCAGACCCUCAAAUGGGGCGUCGCCGUCUACUCCGGCAUUGCUACCAGCGCAUUUCGGACCUUCCAAGUGAUGCAGUACAAGGACGAGAUUGAACCGUUGACCAUCCUGAACGCCGGUGAAGGCGAGGGAGAUUUACAGUUGAUGGAGUUCAUGUUCAGGUACCCUAUAAUCUCGGAAGUUCGAGCUGCAGCUGACUUGAUGCUUGCCGGAAGGCGAGCCGUGGAUCAAAUCGAAUUGAGCCCGGCCGACAUUGUGGACGCAGUUGACCAAGAGAUAAUGAAUUGGUUGCUGCAAGAGGAAGAGACGGAUGUCGUGCGCCUGAAAGAUACCAGCCACGUGCUGGCUCAGGAGAUGACCCCGGAUGACCUGUUGCGAUUGCCCAUCGACGCAGAAGAAUUGGACGAAAGUGAGCACGAUGAGAGGCAUCGCAUCAUUAUGAAAGAGCUGUACCCAGACUUGCCAACUCCCAUGGGGGGCCAAGAACUCGUGGAAGAGUUCCCAUGGGAAGUCCCAGACGAAGGAGAUACGCUCGACUUCGAUGAGUGGGAACGGGCCCUCGAGGAGAAAAAGAAGAAUCCGGAUGCCAGCUCAUUCAUCCCGCCAGUUGAGGUGCCGCUUCCGCCACCGAAGACUGAGGAAGAAAGGGCAGAUGAUGAAGCCUUUGCUGAUGUUCGCACCGAAAAGUCCUAUGUGAUCGUUGAGCAUCCCGAAGAGGAACAACCAGACUGGGACGAUGAUGAUGCCGAUAAGCCCGAACCCAUGGAGGUCGACGAAAAGGCCCAAGGGGAGCAGAAGAUGGCGGAUGAAGAAGCCGCUCCCGAAGGCCAAAACGACGUCGAUCAACCAGCUGAGGAAUCCCAGGGCGGGGAAGCCAAGGAGACUCCGGGCCAGGCUCGUGAAGAAAAGACUCAAACUGAUGAUGCCCAGCCAAUGGAGAUCGACCUGACUGGUGAGGAUGACGCGGAGGAGGGAAAGCCGAAGAAAAAGCCCUCUGCCACGAAGCCCCAGAAGCCAAGCGUGCCGGAAGGUUCGCCGAAGCCAGAACUCACAGAGCUAGAAAAGGCCGCUGCUGAGGCCAAAGCUCACUACGAGGAACUGAGCUACGUCGACGAGAAAACCGGCCGAAUCGUGGUGAAAGGGGAACAGGAAGAGGGGGACGCUCGAUUCAAGAAGUGGAAAGAAGCAGAGCGGCUUGCUAUUCGGCCCAAGGCGCAGCCGAAGCAGGUGAGGCAUCCUAAUCUGGAACCCACCUUGCGGGCAAUCGACACCGAAGAUCCCAGUAAGGAUCUCGAAUUUGCCCAGCUUCCGGGACAAGAGGUUUGGCUAGGUCCCGAGCACCUUCGCCAAAUCCCGCGCCGGGAUGUUGAGUGGGGCCGUUUUCGGUGGAUCUCCCAAGAGCUCACAUCCCACCUCCGCGGCCAUAAGGAACUGAAAGGGUUCGACACGCCGGACUUCGAGGAGGACGGCAGUAAGCCCUGGAAGCCGCUCAUGGAAUGCCUCCAGAAACGCAUUAACCAAUGCAGGGAAUGGGAGGUGCUUCUGGUGAUCAAGAAUUCGGAAGACGAAAGAUUCGAGUUAAAGACUCGCCUGUCAAAGAGCCAAGCGUCCCGGGAGGGUCCGCCGCCAGUGCUUACCGGCUUUAUGCUGGGACAAGUGUGCAUCAUCAUCAAUGAGGAGAUGUCUGGCUGGGCAGGAAAGGGCGAAUCAAAGGGCAAGUCCAAGGGCAAGAAGGGCAAGGGCAAGGGAAAGUUUCGCGACAUCACGGACGAAGAUCUGAUGGCGAAUGAGAUUGUCCAGAUCCCCAAGCGGGUGUGCCCAUCACCCUUGUGUGCGACGAAGCACUUUGAUGGCCAGCACAAAUGCGACUACUGUCGUCAAGACUUGCAGGUCUGGUCCGACGCCCGAUCGGCCAGUGAACUUGCCCGGAUGGAAGAGACGGCCAACCUCAACGAAUCCGUUGUCGCUUUGGAUCAGCUUUCAACAAGAUCCUUUCGCAAGGCGAACGUCGUCAAAGACACGUCCAAGGGCGAACAGCAGCGCGGCGCCAAAUCGGCGUUCGGCCUAGUCAAGAGACUGGCCGUCAACUACGUCAGGAAGGCGAAGCAGCUGGGAUUGCCCGGACCGACGAAGCGACUGGAGGUUGACCCGUUGUUUGCCUACAACUGUGCAACAACGCAGCUCACGUCAGGGUCACUCACCUUUCUUCACCGGCUUGCACGAGCGAUCUUUGCCAACCCCGGUCGAAGCGCUCUCGAGCGGAAGAGGGCCCUUGACGACCAAGAAAGGGAGCACCACUCCAAGUUGUGCUUUAUCCCCACCAUUGCCAGGGACCCGAACGAUGCCAUGUCGAUCGAAGACGAAUCGUUCGUAUGUCAUCACAAUCGUUUCUUCAAUCUGAAGCAAUUUUCGAUGUGGUGCUCGCUGGCCCGCACACGCAACGAACCUGUCGUUGCUGUGGAGGGAUGGGGAAGCCUGGAGUGCGUGCCGGAAGGCGACGCCGUGCAGAUCCUGAGCGAUUUAGUGGAAUUUGCCGAGCGCAAUUGGGCUCGAGCCUGCGAGGGAACCGAGUACUCCGACACGACGAUCUUUUCAGGACGGUUUCCAGAGGUGAAGCUCACCGAGCGGCGAUCCACUGCAAAGGAAAGCGCGAAGACGGCCUUCGAUCCUCGCUCAAAAGGAGUCGGGAAGGACGCCAAGCUCUGUUACGAGUGCGGCUCACCCGACCAUCGUGCCCGCGACUGCCCAGAAGCAAAGGGUCGCAACAAGGGCAAGGGCAAAGGCAAGGGGAAGAGCCAGUACCAAGGAGGCUGGCAGAGCAGCUGGAACCAAGGAUGGGGAGGUUCCUGGGGCUCCGGUUCAUGGGAUUGGAACCGCUCCGGGCGAUCCUCAUGGCAGAGUGAGGCUGCCUCGUCAUCUUCCUCCGACUGGUGGUCCUCGUCCAAGGGAGGCUGGUGGAACCGCUGA